GAUUUCAGUCAGAGUUCGUCCGAGAAGACAGAAACUAACACAUAUUUAAACGUUUAUUACUUUUCAAAAGUCUUUCUGUGCACAUCGUACUCCUCUUGAAAUGGAUCAACGGUUGUUUACAUUAUGAAGUAGCUGUUUACAUUCACCGCAUCCAACUAGUCGUUGUCCCAGAUGUUACUUGACUGUGACGGUUUUGGGUGUUCAGUGGGCUUUAUUUGUCACCGAGCUUAAAACUACUCGCCAAGAUGAGUCCAGAAAGAAAGACCCUGCUCAACAUUAUUAUCCUGGGCUUGGGAUUCAUGGUUAUGUUCACUGCCUUUGGGACCUGCGGGAAUAUUGAACAAACCGUGAUAAAGAGCUUCAACAGUACAGAGUUCCAUGGAAGUGGCUACACAAGCAUGGCGAUUAUCUAUGCUGUAUUCUCCGCCUCAAAUCUUAUUGCCCCCUCUGUGAUAGCUGUCAUUGGACCUCAGUUGUCUUUGUUUUUUAGUGGAAUUCUUUACAGUGCUUAUAUUGCUGUGUUCAUUCAUCCUUACACCUGGUCAUUCUACACUUUAUCUGUGUUGCUUGGAAUAGCCGCUGCAGUGCUGUGGACGGCCCAGGGUAAUCUGCUGACCAUCAACUCCAAAGACUCCACCAUUGGACGAAACAGUGGAAUAUUUUGGGCGUUGAUGCAGUUUAGCUUAUUCUUUGGCAAUCUCUACAUAUACCUUGCCUGGCAUGGCAAAAGUCACAUAACAGAUAAGGACCGUCAAACAGUUUUUAUUACACUCACGGUCAUCAGCCUGGUAGGAAAUUUCCUCUUUUUCCUGAUCCAGCGACCAGACCCCGAACCGGCACCUUCUGACACUUCUGAGUCACUUCUACCACCAGACAACUCUGAUAGUGUGUCAGUGGUUGCAUCGCAAACUCUGGGCUCUCAGGCAUGGGAUGCAUUCAAGAAAUCUAUUGAACUAGCUAUGACCAAAGAGAUGCUUUUGCUCAGCACUGCCUUUGCCUACUCUGGUCUGGAGCUCACCUUUUAUAGUGGAGUGUACGGGACAUGUUUAGGGGCCAUGACUCAAUUUGGAGAGAAUGCCAAAGGUCUCAUCGGCCUCUCUGGGAUUUUGAUUGGUGUUGGGGAAAUAAUAGGAGGGGGAGUAUUUGGGAUCCUGGAUAAGUGUAACCGCUUUGGCCGAAACCCAGUGGUGCUUCUAGGGCUCAUUACACAUUUUGUGGCAUUCUUCCUUAUCUUCCUCAACAUAGCUAAUGACGCUCCCGUAGCCUCAGAGGAAGGCACACAUAUGCAAGCCUUUAUACAACCCAGUGUGUUAGUGGCAUUGAUAUGCAGUUUCCUGCUGGGUCUGGGUGAUAGCUGCUACAACACUCAGCUCAUCAGCAUUGUGGGUUUCUUGUUCCGGGAAGACAGUGCGCCAGCAUUUGCUGUCUUCAAAUUUGUACAGUCCAUCACAGCUGCCAUAGCCUUCUUCUACUGCAACUACCUUAUGCUGAACUGGCAGCUGCUCAUCAUGGUAGUGGUGGGCUUCCUGGGCACGGUGUCUUUCUUUGUGGUGGAGUGGACAGUUAUUCGCCGUCGACAGGACUCUGAUUAUGACAGUAUCUGAGAAGACUGAAGUACCAGAAGAUCCUCAUCUGCAGCCAUCAGCCUCAUUGAGCAGAUACAUUUGGUUUGCACAUUAGCUCUUGGGAGUCUCCUGAACUUUACCUUUCAGCAGUGGGAACACCUCAUCUCUCAUUCUCCUUUUUCUAGUGAAUCAGCUGUACAGAUUUUCUUUCUUGCACAUAAAAUAAAUGUUCUCUUCUAAAGAUCAAGUGCUGUAACACUAUACAGCAUUUGAACUGUGCAAUGCCAGUCACCAUCAACAGGAAGACCUGGAACGAUGAUCUCAUUAGAUCUCACAACGUUAGAUGGCAGAAACGUUGAGCAAUAAGAGAUUCAUUUAAUGGAAAUUUUGGCUCAAAAUGAAGAGUCUGUCAUCAUUUAUUCACCCUCAUUCUUUAAAAUGUCUUCAGUGAUCCUCAGAAACAAAAUAGCUGCAAGUCGUUAUUGGUGAGUAAAUGAUGACAGAAAUGUCAUUUUUGGUAAGACUAUCCCUUUGAGUACAGUACUUCAUAUAUUGUAGAGAAACGUUAGUUUAAAUGUACAGUAAUAAUACGCUGAGCUGUGGAAAAUUAUUUACAUUUACACUAUGCUGUGAAAUGAAGUAUAGAUGAGAAAUAUCAUUACAGGGACAAAUGUUAAACUUUCACAACUAUAAUUAGCAUCAACGUGAAACACCGAGGUAAAUCUUAUUUUAUUUUAGUCCGUUUUGCCUUUCUUUUCUUUCCUUUCUUUUUUAAAGAAAACAUUUUUGCCAAAGAAUGAAGAACUCUCUGAAGCAAGUUGCUAUAUUUUUGUCAUUUGUCCUUAUUAUUUGUCUUAUGUGAACAACAAAUAUUUCAACAAUCAGAUCAUGAGAAAUGUAAUCAUUAGAAAUUGAUGUGUUCAAUCAGGGUGAUAUGAUUUUUAGGACUUUGAGAAAUAAUUAGUCAUUUCUAUUAUAAUAUCAACAUGAGCUGGAGUUGACCACAUGUCAUAACUAAAUAUGAAUGUAUUGAGAUGAAGUUCAGAAAGACACUUUCUUAAAUUCACGAUACAUACAGUAUACUACGUGCUUAUAUUCAUAUGGGUACAAGAGCUACAUACAUGUACGAUUGAUUGAAACAUACUAUUUUGGUUCAGGGAAAUCUACAGGAUGUUGAGGGAAAAUGUGACAUGAAUAUCUGAUCAUAAACUUGAAUGCAUCGUACUGUAAAAAUGGUAAUGGUGUCUGGAUAUUCUUUUUAUAAAUGUAUGUAUACGUAUGUGGGAUUAAAGACUGUUU